GUCCUGACACUCCAGUAGACCGCCGACGACCGUGAGUGAAACACGGCCUGAAAUUCGAUCCGACAGAAACGCGACAAUUGCUGUUGCUGACCGCGUCUGCCCGGUCGACAUGCGGCUCUGACAUGCCUCUGUACAGUAACAGCCUCUCCCCUUCUACCUUCGAUAAGCUCGUAUCGCGGCUGAGAGGAGACCGGAAAGAAGGACGAGACCGUUCGAGGUCGCUAUGUGUCGAGAAGCUGGCUGCAGCCAUCAUCAGGCCGGGGUUCGUAGACCCCACCUGCAUCGUCGCCAGGGAUCUCAACUCGCUGCAGCGUCGAAGAGCCUCUUCUGCAAUCACCUCAUCCAACGACUUAAUAUCCAGGCGUGGAGUUUUCAGCAGACGGCAUUAUGGGAGCGUCGAAUUGCUGCCGCAGGUGGAAGCUAACGAUCAAGAUGCCAUCGGACGUAGAUUUAGAGUGGAAAAUGGAGAAUCAUUAGGAGGAAAAGAAGAGAUAUUUGGCUCGCCGAGCACACCCGUUUUAGAGAACCCGGAAUACCAAACUAGGUGGUAUUUCAAGUAUUUCCUUGGGAAGCUGCAUCAAAACUAUGUCGGAGUCGAUAGCGAAAAAGUACCCUUUUUCCUCAGCGUCGUUCUCACCGACACUAAUUCCCAAUGCGUCCCGCAGUAUAGAGUUAUUUUAUGGAAAAAGACGGGUGCACAGAAAAUCUCUUUAUCCUACACCCCAAACAAGCCGAUGACAGUGAAACAGAUACUGAGCAAUUUCCCCAACAUGGAAAAACUGGAAAAAGGCCCCAAGGAAAUUUUUGCUCCCGAUGUACAGAAGGACUUGCUGUUAUUGGAAGAGCAGGAGGGCUCCGUCAAUUUCAAGUUUGGCUGCCUCUACACCAGACCGGGUCAGGUCACCGAUGACGAAAUGUUCAGUAACGAGACUGGAAGUGUUGAAUUUGAGAGAUUCACAGCCCUUCUGGGAGACAAGAUCAGGUUGAAAGGCUGGGAUAAGUACAGGGGAGGACUCGACGUCAAAGGCGACAUGACUGGAAAAUAUUCUGUCUACACGAUCUACGAGGGCCACGAGAUCAUGUUCCAUGUUUCAACGUUGCUUCCUUAUUCAAAGGACAAUAAACAACAGGUCGAAAGAAAACGUCACAUAGGCAAUGAUAUAGUUAACAUUGUAUUUGUGGAAGGUGGACCGUCGGAGAUGGUCAACUUCAAUCCGUCUUGCAUCAAAUCUCACUUCACUCACGUGUUUGCCGUUGUUAGCUACUGCGCCGAAAACUCCUCAUACAGACUGGUCGUGUACUCGGAGGAGUCUGUGCCGCUUUUCGGCCCAUCACUGCCAUGCCCCUCCGUCUUCAAAGACCCGAGCGAAUUUCGAGAAUUUCUUCUCGUUAAACUGAUCAACGGAGAAAAGGCGACCUUCAAUACGCCUAUAUUUGCUCAGAAAAGGGAGAGAACGUUGGACAUGCUGAUCAAAGAUCUUUGCGCCGAGCAGAUGGGGGAUGCCAGUAGAGCGACUAUGCUUAACCGAAGGGCGUUCAGCGACGUUCUCCCGGAUCCUCCCAGGGGUUCAAGGAGAAAGGAAGAAGCGAGGCAAGUGGAGUUCGUUAGAAUUGGCCAGGCGCUGAAACUGGAAACUAUAGUGAAAGGGGACGCACCAACCUCGUUGGCGACAACCGGUCUGUACAAGCGAGCCCCAUGGGAGCCUCACUGCUUCUACCCUGACUUCAGUCACGAAAUCAUCUGUGGGGAUUCCUGGGGCGAGUCGAAGUUGGUCGUGUCGACGGAGACAGGGGUCUUUCUAGUCGAAGAUGGGUUGUCCCAUAAACAAAUUUUCGACAAAUCGGUCGUCAUCAAACAGCUCAACGUUGUCGAAGCUCAUGGGAUCCUACUCUUCCGAGCCGAUAAAGGGAGAGACAGCAAAAUCCACGUUUUCAGGUUGUCGGAUUUUGACUCGGACUGCCAAGCCGAGCCCAGGGUUUACUCGAGGCCGGACCUUAAGGAACACAAACUCGAUCGGACAAAAGGGUCCACCAUGUACGCUGUGAGUCGUCCUGGUGGUUCACAUCUGAGAAUGGUGGUGAGCCUGGGAAAGAAACUUCUAGUCAUGCAGUGGAGGCAUUCAGCUGCCUGGACAGCAUGGUGUCCAGCCAGCGACACUGACACAGUAGACGGAUUUCAGUGUUUAAGGGAAAUUUCUAUACCGGAAUCACCCACGCUCAUGACCCUCGUGGAUUCUUCGGUGGCGGCAUCAGCAGGAGGGAUCGCUGAUAAUACCAUAUGCAUCGGCUACAAAAACAUGUUUGACAUUGUCAACGAACGGAGCGGAGAAGUCAACAAGCUAUUCAGCAUCGCCGAGGGCACAAAGGCACACCUGAUCGCAGCAGUCGACCUGUACGAAGACGAAGAGCCAGAACUACUCCUUUGUUACAACAAUACGUGUCAUUUUCAAAAGUUAUCCGACAACACAUCCAACACGGAUUUCGACUUUCAUUGGAACUCAAUUCCUACUGCAAUUGUGUGCGCAUUUCCAUAUGUGUUGGCCUUUACUUCAGAUUCAAUGGAAAUAAGGCUAAUUAUCAAUGGGAACCUGGUUCAAACCAUGGCCAUGCCUAAAUUAAGACUUAUAACAUCAAAGAACGACAUCUUUUUUGCUACAACAGCUCCUGAAUUUUUUCAAAGCAAACCCGAAAGACUUCACAUGGAUAUGAAGACCGAACGAGACAAUAGCCUGUCGCCACCAUCUUCUCCACACUCAAUAUCACCGGAAGCACGCCCGUUCAGACUGUACAGAAUACCAUUGCAUGCUCUGAGCGGUAUAGUGGCCGCAUGUGAGCGUCGUUGUCCGACGCCAAGCCCUGAACCCCAACCUGGCACCGGUGAAAGUUCCAGUUCCAGCCUGUCACCCGGAUCCCGUCUGCUGGCAGAGCCGCCCCGGGGCAUCAGCAGGAGUUGUUCGUCUUCGCCGACACCACAGUCAUUUCUCCAGCAGCCCAAAUGAGAGAAGGAGUCAAAGCUAAUGUUGGGUUCUGUUUCCUGAUUGAAGACGUUCAGUUGCUGUCGUUCGCCGGACUUAACCUACGACACCCUUGAACUUGACCCCCUCAGUGGAAAACUAUGAGCAUAAGGCAAAUUAUAUGGAGACCCUCAAUGUUUUUUCCAGUUUGUUAAUUGGAUAAAAAAAAUCAUUAAUUUCUUCGUGUAUCUUCUGCAUUUAUUCACAACUCAUUAAAAAUGUGAUAUAUAUUAUUAAUUUCAUUC